AUAAGCAGCUUCGACAGAGAGCUUAAAAACUAUCAGGUGAAAAAACAAAAAGGAAAGAAGCUCAGGAACAAGAAUUUUCAAACUGCACAUGGAGAGAUUUCCUUGAGAAAAUAUUUAGGUUAAAGAUUACUGACAGGUUUAAUAUUUGCAAGUGCAUUAAAUAAGACACUUUUUGGGACAUUUUCUUUUCUCAAUUGGGCCAAGAAAGAAAAGUAAGACAUGUCUCUGGAGGUGAAGGAGAAGACACACGUGCGCCUAGUGUUUCUGGGAGCAGCAGGCGUGGGGAAGACGGCCCUUAUCAGACGCUUUCUCCAAGACACCUUUGAGCCCAAACAUCGGCGUACUGUGGAGGAGCUGCACAGUAAAGAAUAUGACAUUGGCGGGGUCAAGAUCACCGUGGAAAUCCUGGACACCAGCGGUAGCUACUCCUUCCCCGCCAUGCGCAAGCUCUCAAUCCAAAGCAGUGAUGCCUUCGCACUGGUGUACGCUGUGGAUGACCCAGAAUCACUGGAGGCUGUCAAGAGCCUCCGAGAUGAGAUUCUUGAGAUCAAAGAGGACAAGUACACACCAAUCGUGGUGGUGGGAAACAAGGUGGACAGAGAAGAGGAGCGUCAAGUGUCCAACGAGGACGUGCUAUCAACUGUAGAGAUGGACUGGAACAACAGUUAUGUGGAAACUUCAGCAAAGGAAAAUUCCAAUGUCGUUGAAGUGUUCAAGGAGCUCCUGCAACAGGCAAACCUUCCCAGCCGCCUCAGCCCCGCACUACGUCGACGCAGGGAGACUUUUCCAAAAGACACCGAUUUUCGGCCACCCAUGAACAAGACCAACAGCUGUAUUUUGUCAUAGUGAGCGUCACAGGAGGGGAGAUGGUGUUUUGCUUCACAAAAAGCCAGGGUGGAUGAGAAUAUGGAAAGGUAUGUUGUGAAACUCAGUGCUGCUGGACAGAGAGAACGAGAGAGAAACCUGGACAUCAUAAGAGCUGCCUGGCUGGGAUUAUGGACACACACAAACACACACAAAAACACUUCAGGAAGAAGAAAAUAAGUACAGACCGAACCUAAACAGACUGCUACCUUAUGAAUAUCUGUGAACCUAAAAUUAAAUGGAGAGAAUGAAUUAGAUGUGUACUUGAUGUAACGUUGUUGUUGCUUAUUUGGUGACAUGCUGCUGGUGUUCAGAUCACUGUAAAGCUAUUGAAUUUCCUCAUGUUAAGCUAUCUGGACUGUUGUUAUCCUUUGUUUACUAAGGGGAAGUAUGUGUAUAUAUGUAUCAGGUGUGGCCUCUGUAAAAGUUGUAUAUCUCAUGUAAUUUUUUUUAACUUAGUAAUUCACCUGUAGCACAUGAUACUGUUUGAAUUUUUUUAAUUGGGAUUUUCUACUAAGCAUAACAUUACCCUUGUAUUAAAAAAAAACUGUGGUCAAAUGGAAAUAUAAAUGCACUUUUCAUUUUGAU